GUGCUCCCCACCCCAGCGCUUGGAGGGCCUCCUCCCCCGGGGCGGCCUCCAGGCUGCCCAAACCUAUAAAUGCUGUACGGCUUUGUCAAUGAAGCUGGGACUACCCAGAGUAGCACACUGCAGGUCACAAGCAGCUGGGCUGCGUGGCCACCUCAGGACCAGUCCUCGCUGCUAGUCCCCGGCAUGAAACUCAUCAUAGGCAUUGGAGGCGUGACCAACGGUGGGAAGACCACCCUGACCAACAGCCUCCACAAGGCGCUGCCCAACUGCUGCGUGAUCCACCAGGAUGACUUCUUCAAGCCCCAGGACCAAAUAGCAGUCGGGAAGGACGGCUUCAAACAGUGGGACGUGCUGGAAUCUCUGGACAUGGAGGCCAUGCUCAGCACGGUGCGGGCCUGGGUGAAGGAUCCACGCAAGUUCGCGCGUGCUCAUGGCGUCAGCCUGCAGCCCGGCGCCUCGGACACUCCCAUUCUCCUCCUCGAGGGUUUCCUACUGUACAGCUACAAGCCCCUGGUGGAUUUAUACAGUCAACGCUAUUUCCUGACCGUCCCAUAUGAGGAAUGCAAGCGGAGGAGAAGUAACCGGAGCUACACGGUCCCCGAUCCCCCUGGCCUCUUCGAUGGUCACGUGUGGCCCAUGUACCACAAAUAUAAACGGGCGAUGGAGCAGGACGGAGUGGACGUGGUCUAUUUAGACGGCAUGAAGUCCCGUGAGGCGCUCUUCCGUCAAGUUCUAGAGGAUGUACAAAACAGACUACUGAACAGGUCCUAACGGGGACCAGACUCGG